UGCACAAAAUUGUUCCAUUCUGUGUAUCUUUUUUAAAAGCAUCAACAGUCUGCUAUCUCUUUUUCUCUUAAACAAAUCAGAACGGGACCGCUUGAGUCUCAAUUUUCAAUGUUAGAAAUAAAGCUAAACCGUGGCUGGAACGUGUCAGCAUAUUGUUUAUUUUAUAAUGUAGAGUCGACUUUGCAAAAAUUAAUAAUUUUACUCGUUUAGAGUGUAAGUAAAAUCAUUAAAAAUAAGUGAAAAAUGUCCAAAAUGGAGCAAUUAUUAAGAUUAGAGACUGAAAUCAGAGAAUUGCGUAAGAUUAUACAGGAUAAAGAGGAAGAAAUGUUGAAGUUGCGACGAGAGGUUUUCGAUGAGCAGUCAAAUGGAGUGAAGAAUGAUGGUCUGCAGACUGAACACAUUCAGAGGAUUGAAGUGGGACAGCUUCCGAAGUGGGCUAUUGAGAGAUACAGUCGUCAAAUUCUUCUCCGCGAGAUUGGAGUGAAGGGGCAGAGUCGUAUUUGUCAAGCGAGAGUCUUGAUAGUGGGGGCUGGGGGUCUCGGUUGUCCCGCGGGACUGUACCUCGCCGGCGCUGGAGUGGGUGAGAUCGGUAUAAUAGACUAUGACGUAGUCGAACUGACGAACAUACACCGUCAAGUGCUGCACUUCGAGCACGAUCAGAAUGUUAACAAGGCUGAGUCGGCCGCGGCCACGCUUCGAAGUAUUAACUCUCGAAUUAAAAUAACGCCUUAUAAAGUACAAUUGGACUCGAAGAACGCUUUGGAAAUAGCUGCUAAUUAUGACGUCAUAUUAGAUUGCACAGAUAAUGUACCGACUCGGUACUUACUCAGUGAUCUAAGUUGCUUGGUCAAGAAACCUUUAAUAUCUGGAAGUGCACUAAAGAUGGAGGGACAGUUGACUAUAUACGGUUACAGGGCAGACAACCAAGAUGGCGGAAAGGAGCCAGCCCGCGGGCCGUGUUACCGCUGCGUGUUCCCGUCGCCGCCGCCCGCCGCGGCGGUGGGCUCGUGCUCGGCGCACGGCGUGGCCGGGCCCGUGCCCGGGGUCAUAGGUACUCUUCAAGCGAUGGAGGCGCUUAAGUAUAUAGUCGAUAUGCCAGCAAAGAAGCUUCUGGUUGAACGAAUGCUGAUCUUUGAUGCAGAAGACAUGACUACCAGAACGGUGCGAUUGAGGAAACGGAACGUGAUGUGCGCAGCUUGCUCUGAUAAUCCAACGAUAACACAUCUUGUCGACUACGAGGCUUACUGCAUGGCACCAGCCAAUGAUAAGAAAAAGCAAGACCACCUCAAAUCCGAGCGCAGAAGACAAGAGAAAGAGAAAAGGAGAACGGGACAGAGUUACUACGGAUUCAGAACGAAAAAAGAAGGAGAAAAAAAGACUUACAUUCAAGACGUUUUAAAGCAAGAAAGAACAUUAGGUCCGCCCUGCAAAUCAGAAUACUGCGUUAAGAAUACUUCUAGAUAUUGCAAGAAGUUGCAAGAAGAAGACAGAAGGAACAUCUUUACCCACUUCUGGGAGCUAGAGUGGCAAGAGAAGAAGAAGUUUGUAAGAUCUCUUAUCGAUUCUGUUCCUAUUAAGCGACGCAGAAGAUCUCACAUAGGGGAGUAUUCCAGAAAGUCAGAUUCGAAGGUGUAUCAUCUUCUUUUUAAUGAUGAAAGGGUUUCAGUUUGCAGAGUCACCUUCUUAAACACUCUUGGCCUUAAAGAAGCAAUGGUUAGAUGUUGGUUGACCAAAGAAAAACCAAGAACUUCAAAAGUACCAGUCGUGUCACAUAGUGUUGUUAAUUAUAUUGAUCGACUACCCACAUUUAAUAUAAAAUGUCAGAGCUGUAUCAACGCUGGUGUCAAUGUCAAAUACAUAGAUAUGGAUGUCAAAAACCAGUUUCAACUGUACAGUAUGUUUGUAAAAGACAUGAAAAUACAGGGUGUUGUUCCGGCGUCUAGGAAAACAUUUGCUAAAGUUUUGAGUGAGAAGAAUUUGAGGAUAUUCAAGGGUAAAAAUGAAAGGGAUACUUGUGAUUUAGUUAGACAACAUAAUAUUAGUUUCGGUUAUGAGGAUAAUCGUGAUAGUUAUUAUUUUAAUUUAAAUAUGAAUGAGCAAUGGUCGUGACGAUCGAUGUCUGUCAACACGUGACACUCACAACUCUCAUACGGGUCGCUCGUCACUCGUCACUCAACAAUUAGAAUUAGUUUCGACCAGUACCGUGAGCCGGAAACACUUCCGCGUUAACGUUGACCUUGAGAGCUCCAAUCAGAAUGCAGGACCCCGCUUCCUCCACCUCAGAUGGUUGACAGAAUUGUUUUGAAGUAUUACACUGAGUAUUAGGUGUCUAUAUGGUCGCUGGUCUGAAAUAAUGUCUAAUUAAAGAAGGAACGAGAAUUAAUCGCCAAACUGCCCCACGGUGGGCGCCAUUAGGAAACUUGUUGGUAUGUCAUAGACCUAUCACUUUAUGUUAUGAGUAAGGUUAGGUGGUGAAAAACCUGUAACUGUCCCCCUGCAGGCCUCUCAUACAGAGAACGAGCAUUGGUCACCACGCUUGUGAGCUGCCCCACGGUGGGGCGCCAUUACCUAAGCUAAAUAGUUUAGUUAUAAAACUUGUGAAUUACUUUAUUGUCAUUUGACUGCACAGAUAGUCGAGUGAUGUAUAGAUUAUCUCUAUAUAAAAGCGCUUUGGGUUCGAUCCCCUCCGACACACAUCCGUUGACACAAAUGCUUGUUUUAAGUCUGGGAGUCUUUGUGCAUGUGUUUUGAAUGUUUGUGAAACCCUCUGCAAUAAUGAAUAAUAGCAGCCUAUAGACGUCCCACUGCUGGGCAUAGGUCCUUCCCAUAUAGGGUAGGUAUGAACAAGGCAGAGACAAGGAUUGCAGUCUUCUACACAAGUCUUAUAAGAUUAAAUUUAUGAACAACAUCGAAUUUAUCAAUAUA